UCGGCCAAAAUGGCCGACCAGGAAGGCGACUGCCCUGCAGAGCGGGUGCCAGAGCGAGAGCCCGAGUUAGGGCCCGAGUCAGGGCCAGAGCCCGGAGAAGACUUUGAAAUCGUAGACCGCAGCCAGCUGCCCAGCUCAGGCGAAGUUCGGGGCGCGGCGAGGCCUCGGGCGCCGGGCGAGGCCUGGUCGGCGCCGCUCCCUGGGCCCGCUCGGACCCCUGACCAACCUGCCCGUGGUGUGCCCCCAGCGUCUAAGGGCCAGAUGAUGGAGGAGCGCGCCAACCUGAUGCACAUGAUGAAGCUCAGCGUGAAGGUGUUGCUCCAGUCGGCGCUGAGCCUGGGCCGCAGCCUGGAUGCCGACCAUGCUCCUUUGCAGCAGUUCUUCGUGGUCAUGGAGCACUGCCUCAAACACGGGCUGAAAGUUAAGAAGAGUUUUAUUGGCCAAAAUAAAUCUUUCUUUGGUCCUUUGGAGCUGGUGGAGAAACUUUGUCCAGAAGCAUCAGACCUAGCUACUAGUGUCAGAAAUCUGCCAGAAUUAAAGACAGCUGUGGGAAGAGGCAGAGCUUGGCUUUAUCUUGCCCUCAUGCAAAAGAAACUGGCAGAUUAUCUGAAAGUGCUGAUAGACAAUAAGCAUCUCCUAAGUGAAUUCUAUGAGCCUGAGGCACUAAUGAUGGAGGAAGAAGGGAUGGUGAUUGUUGGUCUGCUGGUAGGACUCAAUGUUCUCGAUGCCAAUCUCUGCUUAAAAGGAGAAGACUUGGAUUCUCAGGUUGGUGUGAUUGACUUUUCCCUCUACCUUAAAGAUGGGCAGGACCUUGAUGGCGGCAAAGAGCAUGAAAGAAUUACUGAUGUCCUUGAUCAAAAAAAUUACGUGGAAGAACUGAACCGGCACCUAAGCUGCACAGUUGGAGAUCUUCAGUCCAAGAUAGAUGGCUUAGAAAAGACUAAUUCAAAGCUCCAAGAAGAGCUUUCUGCCGCGACAGACCGCAUUUGCUCACUGCAAGAAGAACAGCAGCAAUUAAGAGAACAGAAUGAAUUAAUCCGUGAGAGAAGUGAAAAGAGCGUAGAGAUAACAAAACAGGACACAAAAGUUGAGCUGGAGACUUAUAAGCAGACCCGGCAAGGCCUGGACGAAAUGUACAGUGAUGUGUGGAAGCAGCUGAAGGAGGAGAAGAAAGUGAGGCAGGAGCUAGAAAAAGAACUGGAGUUACAAGUUGGGAUGAAAACAGAAAUGGAGAUCGCCAUGAAGUUACUGGAAAAAGACACCCACGAGAAGCAGGACACACUCGUUGCUCUGCGCCAGCAACUAGAAGAAGUGAAAGCCAUUAAUUUACAGAUGUUCCACAAGGUUCAGAAUGCAGAGAGCAGUUUACAGCAGAAGACUGAAGCUAUCACGAAUUUUGAAGGAAAAAACAAUCAAGUGAUGUCCAACAUGAAACAAAUGGAAGAAAGGUUACAGCACUCAGAACGGGCAAGACAGGGGGCCGAGGAGCGAAGCCACAAGCUGCAGCAGGAGCUUGGCGGCAGGGUCAGCGCCCUGCAGCUGCAGCUGGCCCAGCUACACGAGCAAUGCUCAAGUCUAGAGAAAGAGCUGAAAUCAGAAAAAGAGCAAAGACAAGCUCUUCAGCGAGAAUUACAACAUGAAAAAGACUCCUCAUCUCUUCUCCGAACAGAGCUACAGCAAGUAGAAGGAUUAAAGAAGGAGUUGCGGGACCUCCAAGAGGAGAAGGCAGAGUUACAGAAGGUCUGUGAGGAACAGGAACAAGCCCUCCAGGAAAUGGGGUUGCACCUGAGCCAGUCCAAACUGAAGAUGGAAGACAUAAAGGAAGUAAACAAGGCACUCAAGGGCCACACUUGGCUGAAAGAUGAUGAAGCCACACACUGUAAGCAGUGUGAGAAGGAAUUCUCCAUAUCCCGGAGGAAGCACCACUGCCGCAGCUGUGGCCACAUCUUCUGCAACACCUGCUCCAGCAAUGAGCUGGCCCUGCCCUCCUACCCUAAGCCAGUGCGCGUGUGCGACAGCUGCCACACCUUGUUGCUCCAGCGCUGCUCAUCCACCGCCUCCUGAGUUCCCAGCCGGCCCACCUGUCCUCAGGGCAGAGGGCAGCCCAGGGUACAGUGCCAAAAUGGGUCUCAGGGGGCUACCAAGGGCUUGGGAACCCCAAGGCCCCUCAUUUCCCCAUAGAAUCAAAAGGGAAGAAUGAAAUCUUUUCCUCUUGGGUGCUCUGGAAGAUAGUAGGUGAAAAGUGGCAGCUGAUCGCCUUCCCCGGGACUCCUGAAGAACCAGCUGCUGUAGACUCCUUGCUGCAUUAAGAACUAAUCUGUUUUGCAGCAGUUGGGAUUAGUAUGCAACUGCUUUACCCCACUCCUAAUCUACCACCAUCUUGAUUUACGCAGUGCUUUAAGCCAAGUAGGUGACGGUGUGCCCGUAUACUUCCAUCUCAGAUUUGCCAUUCCAUGACCUUGUGGCUCGCCUGUUGCCAGCCCUGCAAUAAAAUCCUUUUAUUUUUCACUGUC